AAUCGUUGCUCUUCGACGACACAGGUUGUGGUCCAACAAUUAGGUAAACGAGCCUGUAAACGAUGCAAGUUAAAAACACUAAUGGUAUCCUGCCGAUCCUUGUGAUUAUCUUCACGUUUCUUGGAUCUUUUGCUUCUCCGUUAACAUCCCGUACAGAUUUUGAUGGGGCCAACUUGAAUUUCGUCGUCUUUCACAAUCCACCGUUCGAUGUUUUUAAACGAGGACCUAAUGGUACCUUUACCUUCGAUGGAGUGGGCCUCGAUAUUAUAAAAUGGAUGGCUGCCUAUUUCAACUUCAAGUACACGUUGGUGGCAGUCAAUCAAACUCUUGUUGAGAAAUACGGGACUCACGAAGCAUCUUUCUACCAGCUGAUUAACGACAACGAAAUUGACGGAAUCUCUUGCGCUUUCUUUUUAACCCUCGAUCGGAUUAAGAGAAUGGAUUAUACGUCUUCGUUUGCAUGGGUCGAUGGAUUCAGUCUCGUCGUUCCUAGACCGGGAGAAGAAAGUCGACUAUUCGCGUUCACCAGACCAUUUCAACCGACCGUUUGGCUUUGGAUUCUUGUUGUCAUGAUUUUCAUGGUGGGAGGGAUGACACUGUUUACUUGGCACAUCAACCGUUGUGGUCUCGUUAACGACGCACCUGUCGUGAAUGACAACACACAUCAUAAACGAAUGAAAGAAAACGGACAAAACAUUUUUAGCUACUUCAGUUCUAGUAUGAUUUACGUCGUCAAUACUAUGACAAACCAAGGAUGUAAGGAAGCCUUUGGUCGCCAUUCCUUCCGCAUCCUCGUCGGUUUUUGGCUUUUGGGAGCCAUGGUUUUGGUGAAUUCGUAUGCAGGCAUUGUUAUCUCAUCGUUAACGGUGCCCAAAAUGAAGCCACCAAUUGAAACGUUGGAAGAUUUGGCGUUCAGCAAAGAUGUUGGCCUCAUCAUUCGACACGACGUAUUGAUGGGAGAACAAAUCCUGAAAGCAACGAAUGGUAUUUACAAGAUUCUCGGAGACAAAGUUCGUCCUUAUCCCAAUCAAAUUCUUGGCGAUCCAUUUAAAGUGAACGCGAUGCUGGAAACUGGAAAAUAUGGCUAUCCGUUUGUUAGAGCGUUCAACGAUUGGUUCGUUGCAUUGCAAUACAAGAAAGACCGUCAAUGUCGCUUUCAUUCAACAAAACCAUUGCCUGUUCCGCAUGGAUAUUAUUCGUGGCUCCUGAAAAAAGGCAAUCCCAACGCGCGAAUAUUCAGCAAAGGAUUCACGAAUUUGUGGGAGACUGGACUUAUAUUUUUCUGGGGAAACAGAGCGAUCGGAGUGGCAAGGGCAGCCGAAUGUUUCGAUGGAAAACGUCAGAAAUCUAAAGCUCAACAAGUUUCUAUUCGUUUAGCUGAUUUGACGAGCGCGUUUGUUAUUCUUGGCAUCGGACUCGGUUUGGCGAUUCUUUGCUUCUCGCUCGAACAAAUCAAAUCGAUGAAGAGUCUUGUUUGUUUUAUUAAGGGCAAUAAGUAACACGUCCGCGGGUCGCAGUAGUUAAAUCUCACACGCUAUUAUUCAAUUACUACAGCUGAAACUAGACGUACCGCAUUAUAGAGCUUUGAAUAAUCUAUACCAAUCAAUGAAUAAGUAAUCAAUUGUAUUGGCAGUAGGGCUACAUAUUACGAAUGAAAUAUCAUUAGUAUUUAAAUGUAAACGUUUAAUGGAAAACAACGUAAACGACCGAUGGAGAUCUGAAACAUUUGCCUAGUUGGUUAAAUUAUUUACGAUGCGAAUCAAUAAACGCUAUUAUAUAACAGUCUAUAGUUGA